UCCGGGGGUCCGAUAGUAAAUCAAAAUAUUUCUCGUUCGUCGGACAAAUAGUUUUUGAAAACGAUUUAAACGAAAAAACAUAUAAAAUACGUUGAGUGUUAUUAUUUUGUUUUAUUGAUUUUUAAUGAAUUAAACAUAUAUCAUUAGUUUUGAAAGUGUUCGAAUUGUGUAUUGUUAAAUCUUGUUAAAUUAAUAGUAGGUACUAAAAUAUGUUAUAUGAAAAUAUCACAAAAAUAAACUUUCAUAUUUAGGUAGGUCCGACGAUUGGAUUCAUCGAUGGGUACCUGAGUUUCGAGACACCAUAAUAUAUUAUUGUGGACACUGGAUCGGAUUCAUUUCUUUUAAAAAUGGGAGACGUAUUUUAUACACUCAUAACUCUAGUUGUGCUGUGGUCUCCGUUUGCGGUGUGUUUGAACCAUACGGGAUGGCUUCGUCGAGUGUCGCAGACUCCGUUUCCGGAAGUGCGUAUGCGUCAUAUGCGGCAUUCCGGCCUUUCCACAGAGCAGUUCAUAUGGCCCUUGAAAAAAGAGGCCGUAGUCGAGGGCGAUUUGCUUCUCGGUGGACUGAUGAUGGUCCAUUCUCGCGAGGAUACGCAGUUCACUUGCGGUCCGAUAAUGGCUCAGGGCGGUAUACAGACCGUAGAGACGAUGCUAUAUACCUUGGAUCAAAUUAACAAGCAGUGGACCAAGUUUAAAAUCGGAGCCCUCAUAUUGGACGACUGCGAUAAGGAUACGUAUGGAUUGGAAAUGGCUAUAGACUUCAUAAAAGGUUCAAUUAGCAAUAUAGAUGAAACUCAAUAUUUUCAUUGCAACAAGUCUCAAGUAAGAAAAGUAAUAUCUGGCGUGGUUGGUGCGGCUUCAAGUGUCACAUCUGUUCAAGUAGCAAAUUUAUUAAGACUUUUCAAAAUACCUCAGGUCUCGUUUUGGUCAACUAGUCCUGAACUGAGUAAUAAACAACGAUUUGAGUACUUCACCCGAACUAUACCUUCAGAUCUUUACCAAGUAAAGGUAAUGGUAGAAAUUGUUCGGAGACUUGGCUGGAGUUAUAUAUCGAUCAUUUACGAAGAGUCCAGUUACGGCAUUAAAGCUUUUGAGGAAUUGGAGAAAUUGUUGCCCAAGUACAAUAUUUGUAUAGCGGCCAAGGAAAAACUAGUUAAAGAUUCAGGUGUGGCAGAAGAAAAAGCUUACGACGAUAUCGUGAUUAAACUUCUCAGCAAGCCUAAGGCUAAAGGUGUUAUAGUUUUUGGAUCAGACCAAGAAGUGGUGAGUUUAAUGAAAGCAGUAAGGAGAAAUAACGCUACUGGAAAUUUUUCAUGGAUCGGAUCAGAUGGAUGGAGUGCAAGAGAUAUGGUAUCUGAUACAAAUGAAGCUGAAGUGGAAGGAUGCUUAUCUGUUCAACCACAAGCCAACCCUGUCAAUGGGUUCGAAGAGUACUUUUUAGGACUUACUGUAGAAAACAACAAAAGAAAUCCAUGGUUCACUGAAUUCUGGGAAGAACACUUCCAGUGUCGAUAUCCAAGAAGUAUGAGAACACCGUACAACUCUAAUUAUUCAAAUGAAUGUGACUCUAAGUUCCAUCUAAGAGAAAAAAUACCAAAGUUUGAAAACCAAUUACAAUUUGUCAGCGAUUCUGUGCUAGCAUUUGCACAUGCAUUGUACGAUAUGCAUUCUGAUCAUUGUGGUCCGAACUUUGUUGGUUUAUGCGAAGCCAUGAAACCUGUUAAAGGACCCGAACUCUUAAUGUAUCUCAGAAAAGUAAACUUCACAGGUCUCACGGGCGAUAAUUUUCACUUUGAUAACAACGGGGACGGACCUGCCCGUUAUAAUAUCAUUCACUUCAAACAGGUGGAGCCGGGCACUUUUAAAUGGAUCAAAGUCGGCGUGUACUCAGAUGGCCAACUCAAUCUCAACAUGGACGAGACGCGGUUCAAAACAGACUCAUCAAAUCCACCGGAAUCCGUUUGCAGUUUGCCGUGCCAAAAAGGCCAAGCUAAGCAAUAUCUGGAGGGCGAAAAAUGCUGCUGGCACUGUUUCAACUGCACACAAUACCAGAUCCGUUCACCCACCGACGAGACCAGAUGCGAAGUUUGUCCCGGAGGCACGUUACCCGAUAGUAGCCGUCAACGGUGUUUGGAAAUACCGGAAGCAUUUUUACGGGCCGGAAGCAGUUGGGCCAUUGGGGCGAUGGCACUGUCAGUGGCAGGUAUUGCCAUCACUUUGCUAGUAGUUUCCGUGUUUAUCAAACACAAUCAUACACCGAUUGUGAAGGCCGCUGGCAGAGAAGUUUCGUACGUACUUUUGUCCGGCAUACUGCUGUGCUAUCUCAUAACGUUCGUGCUCGUGCUCAAACCCACUGACAUCGUAUGCGCCGUACAAAGAUUUGGUGUUGGAUUCUGUUUCACUGUUGUAUAUGCUGCAUUAUUAACGAAGACGAAUCGCAUAUCACGCAUAUUCAACGCUGGACGGCGAACUGUGAAACGUCCAAAUUUUAUAUCACCAAAAUCACAACUGGUCAUCUGCACGGGACUCAUAUCGAUACAAGUGCUCAUCAACGGCGUAUGGAUGCUGGUCAGCCCGCCAAAGGUCAUACACCAUUACCCCAGCAGGGAGUCGAACAUAUUAGUCUGCUCGUCGUUCAUCAACACAUCGUACGUGAUAGCGUUUGGAUACCCAAUAGUGUUGAUUGUCGUGUGCACCGUGUACGCCGUGCUCACCAGAAACAUCCCGGAAGCCUUCAACGAGUCCAAGCACAUCGGUUUCACGAUGUACACAACUUGUGUCAUAUGGCUUGCGUUCGUUCCGCUAUACUUUGGCAUUGGCAACCAUACUCCACUGAGGAUAACUACCAUGUCAGUAACCAUUAGCCUUUCCGCUAGUGUUACUAUAGUUUGCCUGUUCUCUCCGAAGUUGUACAUAAUUUUGUGUCAUCCGGAACGGAACGUGCGUCAAAGUAUGAUGCCAAAUAUGAAAUUAACGGGCACGAAAACAUUUACAACAUCCAAUACGAAUGCAUUUUGCAACAAUUCAACAAGACGACGCAGCUCAUUAGCUUAUAAAGAUUCCAGUACCGACAUGCAUAUAAGCUUGGAAAAUCGAAAACAGGUUCUCGAACGAGCCGUACAAACAGAAGAGACGAGAAUCGUACCAGAAUCGUAAUCGACAAACAAUUUCGAACGUAUAAUAUCUUUUCCUCCCCUUACCCCCAGCUAAAAGCACAAAGGUACAUGACAUGACUGAAACAAUUGUUAUGUUUUCUGGACGUUUUAAGAACUUACCAAGUCUCGGAGCCGUGUAAUAAAAAUACAUAAUAUACUAUAAAUACAAUACCAAUAAUACGAGUGGGCAUAUCAAAAAAAAAUAUAUAAUUACGAACGUUUGAAAAUUAUUUUCGUUCGUGAAAACAAUUUAAUUGCCGUGAGCCGUUUUCAAAUAAACAUAAGUUGAAACAGAUCGUUGAAAAUAUGUUAUUCAUUGGACUUUUCUCAAAACAAGUAAAUGUGUAUGUAUUUGUCUACAUUUGAAUCAGUCAAUUCCGACCGUUGUCAGUUGGAAGCAGUAUAUAAUAAUAAUAAUAAUAUAAAGUAUAAGCUACUAAAAAUAGUAUACUACUUCUAUAAAUAAUAUAUAAAGGUAAUUAUUACAAAAACAUGUCACAAACGAACUAUACAAAAAAAAAAUGUACAAAGUAAGAAAAAGAAACGUUUUGGGAUUGUUAUUGCUUGAAGCCAAUAAUUAUAAUGUAGGUACAUCGUAUCAUAAAAUAAUUAAUUUUAAAAAUAAAUUCACGUUUAAAAAUAUAUUUAAUUAAAUAAGCAUAUUAUUAUGGAAAUAAUUUAACUUUGCUGAACGGCUGUUGUCUGUUUUAAUUUUGAGUACAAUGUAGGUACUUAACAUAAAUUAGGAAAUAACUUCUUUGUUUAGUUGAAUCGUAUAUUGCUACCGAAGUUAAAUUGUUUCUCGUAAUUAAACUAGGUAGGUACUUUAAUUUAAUAUAAUUUGAAACAGUUUUUUUUCUGAAAUUAAUUAUUAUGACAUUACAUUAUUUAACCUGUAAAUGACAUGAGUAACAGACGUUUUAAAAUUAUUUUUUUUUUUUAUUGCGCUUGUUUUUUCACACGGAAUUUGCCAAGUUUUUAGUUGAUGCCAUAAUGUCACUAACGGAACGCCAAGUGGUGAGACAUGUACCUUUAUACUAUAUUAUGUAUAUUUGUUUCCUCGUCAACGUGCAAGGCGGUGGCUGCAGCUUGUUUGCCGUUUUGUCAUUUCAAUUAUAAAUAAUUGUAGAACCCUUUCAUUUUGCCAUCCAACUCACUAAGUCGGGUUAUUCUAAUCGUUUUGGAAAUUACAAAAGCAUCAUCUGCGCCGUAUAACUACUGUUAUUUCAUUUGUACCUACACGAAUAUAGUAUUACGAUGUGGGUGAAUUUACAUUAUCCAGCAGUCUACCUAGUACCUUGUUAGAUUUUCCGAAACAGUGACGAAUUUAACCUUUAACCCGUUCGUCAGACGGUUGUCUGAAAUUACCUUUUUGAUGGAGAACACGAAUAGUAUACGACAUAUUAUAGUGUGAAUGUGCACAUGAUUGUGAGUUUUGACACUAACAGCCUUAAUCUGGGUGUGUUUGCGUCACAAUAAUAUGUCAAACAGUAACAUUUAUUCGACAUUUGACAGUCAAAUAGGUCAAACUCAUAUUAUUUUCUAACUUUUUUUAAAAUUUUUUCAAUGGUCCAUACAAUUAUUUGGGUAUAACAUUAUUGCGAAGGUCAGACCAACGGCAUUAUUCAAAUAAAUUUGUAUAUUUUUUCGAAUAUAACUUUUUAUUCAAAUACAUUUUUUGUAAUCAUAUGAAUAAAAAUGUAUUCGAAUUAUUUUUUAAAUUAAUAUUCAAAUAAAAAAUAAUUAAAAACUAUAUUAUCGUGUUAACAUAUUUGUUGAAUAUUUUUUUUAUUCGAAUAAUCUGUUGGAAAAUGUAUUAUGCGAAUGAUUAUAAAAAAAUCAUUUGGAUAAAUAUUUAGAUGAAAAUUUGCCCAACUGCAUUUUUCUCCUUUUUUCAUACAUCGUCUUUCGCUAUAAUGUGACAUUGUUGUACAUGGUACGCUAUUAAGUAACUCAGUUUGAAUAAUUUUUAAGGGUCUUUCAGUUGUAUUUUCUUCAGCUUUUCGAGUACAAUUAUCCCAUGUUUGUCUUUUAAUUUUUGUUUUGUUUACAUAAUCAUAAUCAUUGUUCACCAUUUGAUGCUUGAAAAUAUUUACCGACCGCUGUUAAAAUACCGGCACUAUAGUUUAUAUUUGAACACUUCCAUUUCAUUUAAUUUGACUCUGCGUUAUCUUACAAAUGAAUAUUUAAUAAUAUUAAUUCUUUUCCGCUUUCAGAAUUAAUACUUUGAAGUUUUCCAUUUUAAUAAAUGAUAUUUGAUAUUGUUUUGUGUCCACCAAACAUCUAAAUUUGAUAACGACUUAUCCAAAUAUUACGGUUUAAGAGACAAUAUCAUUAUUUAUAACUAUUUACAGUGGUCAUUACCGGGCUCCAUAAAUGAUUUUGUAUUUAUAAUAUGUAUCGCUAUAUACAAGCAUACGACUAUAUGAACAAUUAAAAUGAACAACAGUGCUACAAAUAUUACUAGCAAUCGUUUGAAUUCAGAAUUUGAAGUACAAAAAUUAUUUCUUUGAUCUGCUUACAAUCGUUGGAAAUCGUGUUAUCAAAAAGUUAAAACGUUCGCAAUUGUGUAGCACCGGCCAUUUUUAACCACAUGUAUAAUUUAAUUUAAAUAACAAACCGAAUUGGCAUAAAUUGGUUUCCAACACUAUUUUAUCUAGGUGUAUUAUAAUAUAUUUAUCACGUUUACCUCGACGAACGUGCAAUGGUAGGUAAUGCAAAAGAAUUGUCUCGUAACUUUUUACGUACGACUCGACGAUUAUCAACCACGUGCUUGAACUACCAAAUGAAACAGGUACCGGCAUGCCAUGUAGUUGCAUUUUAAUUAUUUUUUUUUUGACGUGUCAAAAGUAAAUUUUAAAGGCUUAAAGUUAAACAAUUUAUUUAAUAAAUUAGGGAGAGAUUGUUCUACAAAAAUUGUCGUAGGGCCAUAAUAAUAUAAUAUUUAUGCACCGCAGUUAUUCGGCAUUAUUUUUUGGGAGUUUCCUACCCUUUGGCUCAAUGCCACGCGUAACGUCAGACGAUUACAAAAACGACGAGUCCACGCUCAAAAAGGGUCGUGGCUGAAGUGUCUGCUGUCGAACUUACCCGUUGAAAAGUUCAAAACCGUAUUCGUUAAACGUUGUUUAGAAAAAACGUUUGACCGUAAAAAAAACCCCGCAGACGCGUUAACGUCUCUUCCUCGUAAUUAAAUUUCUCUAAAAACCGAUUUCGACAGCGACGGUAAAAAUGUCACGUGCAAUUUGCUCGGCUUGCGCGUAAAAAUCGAAACUAAAAAUAAAAUAAAAAAGUGUAAACGACGAAAUAUUUCACUUGUCGUUUUAUCUCCGACGCGCAGCUCUCUCGUGGUUGGAGAAAAUGGUUCGUGAAAUCGGAUCGUCGGGAAAAUCUCUGCAGGCAUUAUAAUAUAUUCUUAGGGUCGCUGCCACGCCGUUUGGCUGACCUCGCCAACGGAUUCGCUCACCGACCCGAUUCGGCGGACAAGACAAGCGCAUAAACCCUCAUACCCAACCAAAGGUUUAUCGCGGCACGAUUGCAUUCCGGUGGUGCCAAUGCCUGUGGGUAUAUCAAAUACUACGAGUAGAGGUACCUACACUUCGUAGAAAUAACCGAAAUUUGUAAUAAAAAUCGUCGAUGUUGAAAAACGAUUGCGUAUAACAAUUUGAUACAAACAAUAAACUUACCUAUUAAUUUCGAUUUUGAAAAUUAACAAAUCAAAAUUACAGUCCAUAAUUAGACCAGUUUCACGUGGUAAAACAUGUUUAAUUUGUUUAUAAUUAAUGCAAUUUGAUUUAUAAUAUCCAUCGUAUUUCUUCUAUUGAACUUCAUAUACCUACUAUAAUAUUGGCGUUUAUAAAAUAUAUAAUAUUAAUAUCUUAUAAGUUAUAAUUAAUAACAAUUCAUUUUUGUAUUAUAUACUGCACGUUGCUUCAACCCAAAAAUUUAUAUUUUUUAUAAUAUAACGGAUAUUAUGUCAUCACAAUAGGUUCUAAUGAUGAAAAAAAAAUGGUUAUAUUACUGGUAAUUUUUUCAGCGCGAUGUUUUAUUUUUUAGUUUCUACUAUGGGCAAUUGCACGUAAAUUGUUCGUUAUUUACUCAAGUACAAGGUCGUUCGUCAAUAUAAAACUAUUCUAAUGAGGUUUUUAACAAAACAAUUAAAUAUUGCCUAGUCACUUAGAAAAACCAUUUAACACAAGUAUGAAUAAAAAUUGUAUUUAAUAAUAAAUAUACAUUUUAGGCGAAGAUUUUCUCUAGGUGUAAGGUUACUAUAUCUGUGCUAAUUAUAGACGUGUAUAACAAACGAUUCAAGUUUGAACUAGGUGUUCAAUAACUUUAACAUACCAUUAAUUAUGUACACUUCGAUCUCACGGUUGGAUAUACAACAUAUUUCUCUAUGCAAAUACCCUGAAAAUUCAAACACUAUUUAAAUAUUGUCCUUUCAUCUCAAAAUAUUCUAAGACAAUUUAUUAAAUACUUAAUGUCACCUUUCUCAAUAUCUAUAUUAAUUGAAUCGAUUGUUAAUAUUUUACCAAAUAUAAUAUAUAUUUUAAUGAUCUCUAUCAUUAAAGUUAUAUUAUAGUUAUAUUAUAGUUCAUUAUUCAAUUCACGGCGAUUCUUGAUGAUGACGCACAAAGGCAAUAAUAUAGCAUAUUGUUCAAUAACUGUUAAUAAAUACAUCCACGAACAACACUUCUUCGAAUUUAAAACCCGACAUUUAUUUGUUGUAGUGGAAAGUUUUCCGAGUAACAUGAAAAACAUAACAUUAAAAAAAAAAUCACACAAAACAAAAUGUUUGCCGAUAUUAUCCUAAUUAGAAAAUUCGUUUUCAAUUUAAUUACUUACUUUGAAUGUAAAAAUAACAAAGAACGCGAACUACACGGAAGACAUUUUGCGUUGGCUUUGGAAAAACAAAAUACACGGAAGCAAUGUUUUCUGUUGCCUAGACGACUUGAACCUAUGUAGGUCCACGAAAAUAAAAAUAUAAUUUCAAUAAAAUACAUUCGUUGCACUAGUCGUGAAACCAUUUGGAUUGUUUGAGAACACAAAAUAUUCUUAUAUACAUUUAGGUAUUAGGUUUAGUUCAUAAUAUAUUUCCAUUAUUUAAUUACAUUGCAUUACUAAUUAGUAUUACACUACUUCGGCUACCUAUACCUACCCGAGGACCGAGAAAACGACCCGUCCGACGGAUCGAUAUACGUUCGCCAAAUAUAAUAUAACCGCAUAAAUCUCUUUUUAAAUCUAAUAACGAAUAAGUAAUUUGUAUCGGCUUGGAAAUCUGUUCUAACAUGUCCAAACAUUUUGCGUUUGGUACGAAUGGGAAUAUUUCCACUGAUUACGUCGCCGCUGCAAUCUUUCAACUAUAAUAUUAUUAUUAUCUCGUCGAGUAGCAUAGCACACAUAACUUGCAUACAUUUUCUUCGCACCAAAAACACACAACUUCGAUCUUAGUUUGGUUUUAAUUAAAACCGCGUACACGAUGAGCGGACAUUUCGUCUUAUUGUUGUAUAAUGGGACUUUUUUGAUUAAUAGUAAAACGUUUACUCGAUAAUUGAGAAAACAAUCCGUACCUAUACCUAUCGGUACCGGGUGGUGGGUACGUUCGAUUUUAAGUUUUAUGUGGAAACUAAAUCGAUUAAUAUUAUACGUGCCUAUAUAUAAUAUUAUAUACCUGUGAAAUUGAAGUGCAAAACAAAUCUUCUCGAUUUAUGCCGAAAAAAAAACAAUCGCUCGUGUAAUUCGUUUACAAUUCCCGAAAGAUACUUAUCUUAAUAACACCGCGCUUUCCGUGAGACCCUCAUUAAAACGUUUCAUUUCUAGUGCCAAUAAAUGGCGAUAGUCGUUGAACACGAAAAUAAAUUGUUGAAUCUACCAAACAGUUUUAUUUUCACAUCAAAAAUUUAAAACUUAUUAAUUCGGAUUAACGAUUUGACCCACGCCCUAGCAGGUAGAUACUGCAGAUAGUCUUGCUCGGGCUUAAAUCAAUAAUUCCUAUAAUCGAAGUUCGAAGUUUGUGAACAUAAAAGUCUAAAUAAAUUGAUAAAAUGUUUUUUUCUCUCAUAAACUGUUCUAUAUGUCAAAAACUUACUUUGAAAAGUAUAACAUCAAAUUUAUAUGAUAGGAAAACCGUUUGAAAAAAAUCAACAUUUAAAAUUAUAAAAUUCUAAAUAAUAUUAGUUCCCAAUGAAAACAAACUAUAAUUUACACGUACAUUGCGCUUAUAUAGAUUUAUAACCUCUACGGUUCUACUAUAAAUUUCUAGUUACUUAUAAGAUGAACUAUACUAUAUUGUAUCACAAGGUAUUUAUCUAAUAUAUUCGAAUGGUUUUUGUUAACAAUAUCAAACAAACAGUUAUAAUUACAAUAAUAACUACAAAUAAAUAAAUAGACAUGUAUAAAAUAAAAUAGGGUAAUUAGUCAUCUCAGGUAAUUUUCCAGUUCAGAUUGGUAACUAUCGACGGGUAAAGCUAUAUUAUUAUACAUGUCGGGAGAUUUGAGCCAUUUUACAGCUUGUUCGUCUAAGACUUAGACUUAGACCCUAAGUUGUUAAGAUCAGGCAGACUGCCUCAAAAGGAAUACACACAACACCCAUACUAUAUAUGUACUAUUGUCGUUAAAAAGUAUUGCUUUUACAGAUAUAUAUUAUAGGUACCAUUUCUAUACCUAAUUAAAACUCAAAACUCAAAAUUUGUUGAUUUAGGCAGUUACGUUUCUGUAGCGCCAUAAUAUUCAAAUAUCUAUACCCAUUAUUUUCUAUUAACUUAUAAUUUGUACCACACAUUUUAGAAUUUACAUCAAAAUAUUUCACAUAGAAAAAACCCAUUUUGGUACAAUAUGCUACAAUUAAUUUUAAAGCAAAAUUGGGAAAUUUGAAUUUUGCGGUGCCAAAUUAAUGUACCUUAUUUAUGCUAAAUUUCCAGAUUUCAUUAUUAUACAACACUAUGUAAUACACCUAUACUCAUAAAUUAUAAAAAUAUAUAUCUGUACAUUAUAACCUAAUAAUAAGUUAAAUUUAAUCAAAAUUAAAAUCCAUCAAAUACAUUCAUCCAUUAAUAUAUUAAUAUAUUAUGUCAAUUUUUCCAACGAAAAACGUAUAUAAAUUAUUAUAACUUAUAUGUUAUUAUACAUAUAAGUAAUUUAAUAAUUAUUUUUAUUCAAGUAAAAGCCGCUGAAAAACAAUUAAAUGAAACUAUUUAUUUAUAAACAUAACAUUAAAUUACAUUUUUUAUAACUUGAUUGUCCAGUGUCCAUUUCAUAUUUUUAAAACCAUAAUAAUUAGUAAAAUAUAUUAAUAUUACUACAUUUACACAGACCUGAUUUUUAAUUAGAUUAGCAUAAAUUAUAAAUUCACAUCACUAUAAUAUCAUUAAAUACGAUUACCAAUGAUUACCCGUGUGAAAAAAUAUGAUAAUUUUUCAAAGUAGGUUUUGGUUAAACAACAAUAUAUAAUUAUAUCGAUGAUAAUGUAUACGUAGCACCUGAUUAGUACAAAAAUUUAUUAUGCUCAGAAAUAAAAUAUUUAUAACGUUCAUUAUGGCAUUAAUCAAUUUUUAUAUUUCCUUUACAACUUUUAAACUAACUAAACAUAAAAAACGAACCCAUUUCGUUCAAAACUACCCAAAAGUGGUAAAGGUCGGUCACCAUGUCAUCAUUGGACAUAUAAAAACAAAAUAUAAGAGGAAACUUAUAAAAAAAAUGUCCUCAAAUUAAUGCAUUAUAAAAUGUUGGAUUUGUCUUUCUAUUUUACAAAAAUGUUAUUUCAAACGUUGAUAAAAACCAUAAUUUGAAUAUAAUAACCAAGAGCAAUGAUAAUAUCUAUUGUAAUAUAAAACGUAUUUUGUCAUUUAAAAUAUUUAAUUUAAAUCAUUAUACUUGUCCUCUUCAAUAAGUUACCAUUGUUAAAUCAAACUUGUCCAACAAGUUUCGUUUGAAGGACAUUUUGAUAUGAUAAUAUUUUAAUUCUUAUUUAAAUGCAUGGUUAUGUUGGUUUAUGAAAAAUAUAGUGACUUUUUCCGUUUUAGUUAUAUAAGUCUAUAGUCGCAUACUAUAGUGUUAUCUGAAAACGGUUAACCUAUUCAGAACGACAAAUAUUUGUUUCUCUAGGUCCACAAUGUGCAAUGUUUUUGUGAUCAGUCGUUUAUCUUUCUCGUCGUACGAUAUUAAAUAGGUGUGCAAUAUUAAUAAUAAUACGUAUUCAUACGCGUCACAGACACUUCAAGAAAUAUCACCAGAUCUUCUAUCACGUUUUCGUUAGUUAUUGUUGGAAAUGUAUGAGAAUAAAAUAAAAAUGUUUAAAAGGUCGUCUAUUUGCAUGCAUAUGUAUAAUAUAAUAUAUUAUAUAUACCUACUGUAUUCUCACGAGUCACAGCGCAAUUUGUACAUUUUUAUACGCUACAUACAAUCGUCCGAGAAAAGCAAAGCGAAAACGUGGUCCAUGCCAGGUAUGCCUUUACUUUACACUCGUCGGGCGCAUUUAUCUGAAUAAAUAAGGUACGAUUCGACACACUAUAAAAUGUGUCCAAAGUCCAAAUAAUGAAAACGUUUUAUGCGCACGUACUUUUCAAAUCGCCCCCAUCGAAAUAAGCGUCGUUUUAUUUGUUCGAUUUUUUUAUUUCUCACACCCAUAAAUAAGAAAUAUACUAUAUCUUUCCCUCGCAUAUAAGCUCGUCGAGUAGUACUUUUGUUGGAAAAGGAGAGAAAUCUUCGCCCUUAAUGAUAUGCUGGUACAGCGCACACCCCGGUUUGAUUCGAUUGAAAUCGCGCGUAUAUUCGCUUCGGGCACUUGGCCGUCUACUACUCCGUCGCUUUUAUCCGCCCGGAUACUCUAACAUCACAAUAUUUUAAAAUUAUUAAUGUAUUUUCGUCGUUAUACCUCCCCACCCUUCUCCAAUAUUUCGAUUUAACUAUAUCGCACCAUAGUAGGUACUAAAAAAAUAUUAUAAAAUCACCUGACUAUAUUAUUAUAAUAUAGAUAGCUCAAGGCGAAAUUCCAAUUUAAACUUUUAAGUAAAACAACGCGCGCGUGCUUUACUUUUAGAUUCCUAGUGGAACGAUUUAUAUGUUACGUUUUCGGUUUCUUUCUAUACGUAGUAAGGUAUGUGUUAUUCGUCGGCAAGCACCUAACCUAACCUAACCGGCUAUUACGUGUUGGAUAGGUAUGGGCUAUUAUAAUACUUUAUGUCGCCGAAUAGUGAAUACGUAUCCUUCUCGAUCCUGUAUAAAAACACAAUCACAGCUACGGUUGGAAAAAAUGAAAAAUAAAUUAAUCAUUCUCUGUUAAAUUAUUUUCGAUCGUAUACCUAUAGAAUAUAUUACACUGUAUUAUUAUAUACCUACGCAUACGCUUACUCCAGAACCCGUUACGUUAAAUCGAACAUUCAAAUCUUUUCGGUUUAUCUGACGUUUUCUAUAGACGCCUUUGCUCGUCACCGGAAUAGCAAAAUAUAUUUUUGAUAGUAAAAUAAAUAAUAAUAAAGAAAACAAUACAGCAGCAGCAUAUUUUAUUUUACAUGCGUACAUGGAGGGUUCUAUAAAAUAGGCCGUUGGGGAGAAGUGGCAAAGCAUCAAAUUAACCCCAUCCUAUAAUAGAAUCUAUUUUGUUGGCACCUUUAUAUUAUACAAAUAUAAUAUGAGUACAAUAAAUGAAUAAAAUAUAAAUAAAAUUUUAUGUUUUAUUAUCACACCUAGAAGACAAAAAAAAAUUGAACAAUGUACAAUAAACACGUAAAAUAUUUUCAUUUUUUACCAUGGCGAUUGAAGACAAACAAUUGAGAAUAUUGAUUCACAGUGACAAAUACAUUUGAAAUUAUUCAUAAAUAAAAAAAAAAAAAAAAAUAAAAAAUGUAUUUAAAAUAAAUUACUCAGCCGGUUGUAAAAUAAGAUGGUUGUGAAUAUUAUUAGUUGAUAUUAUAUAAUUGGGAUGUGAUACGUAUGUGAAUGUAUAUAUUAUUUAUAUAAUAGAUUCCUACUGGAAAGGAACUUCGAUCUGAAGAUAAUUUUAAGGAAUGAGACUUAUACUCAAUGUGGAUAUGCAAAAAGGUAUUUAUAACUUAUAGGUAAUACUCGAGCUCGAGGUGCUAUAAAUACCGGAGGAAUAAUAAUGAUAAUAAUAAUAUAUCCUCACUGUACUUUUUAGUACACCUAAAUCAUUAAAAAAAACGAUAUCAGAGAGAAUAAAAACCGAUUAUUCUGGUCGGCGUUCGAAGUUCAAAGUAUUAUUACCCGAUAUUUUUUACCUCUGAUAAACACAGACGCGUUUAAUGUAUCAAAAACAGCCGUUUGUUGUGUUCGAGACAUAACUUUCGUCCAGUUUGCAUCCAAUAUUGACCAGCUGCCGGCGAUGCGGCGUCAUGUGUUCCGAUUUUCUAGGUACAUUAUAAUAACACACAAACGAUUCAAACACAUAAUAUUAUACGCAUGUUACAUUUUUAUUAAAUAUUCCAAUAUCCGUAUAUAAUACGGAACCUAUACCCCAAAGUGUGUACUGUGUAUAUCAUAUGCUUAAUAUUAUUAUGUUUAAAUGUAAUAUUUUAUCAUUGUAAAAACGUACGAACAAACGAGCGGUAUAAUAUAAGACGUAAUAAAAAAAUUUUACAAUAUUAAUAAUAAUAUAUUACAGCAAAACGUGACGGAUGUGGACGAAAUAUUGUAUAACACCUACGUGUAUAUAAUAAUAUGAUAUUUCUGUAAUAUGUAUAAAUAAUAAUAAUGGGUACGUUCGAAACAUACUGUAUAUUAUUAUAUACGAUAUAUUAUAAUAAUAAUACGACGUUGCGUUUUUGUCCCGUGACAUUUUCGUAUAUAUAUUUUAUUCGAUAAAUUAUAAAUUGUUGGUAUAGUAACACAUUCGUUUUUAUUGUUUUUAUUAUUAUUAAGACAAUUUUUCGGUUUUUAUUUGUGUGUUAAGUUUUUUUAUUUGGUUUCCGCAAAUGUCUAAAAAUAUUAUAUUAUAAUGUUAUUUAAAUGAAUGCGUUGCUCAAUGUUUUACCUAUUUUGUUAAUUAUACGUUUUUAAAAAUAAUUUAAUGUUUCUAGGUAAUCGACGUUUAUGUGUUAGCCAAAAACCGUUUGUAAUUGUAAUUAUUCAACAAUUUAUGACAUUUAAUAUUGUAAUAAAAUGUUCUAAUAAAAUAUAAUAAUUCAUAUAUGACUCGUUAUAUUAUGUAUUCAUUUGAUGAUUACAAUUUUUUUAUUUAUUACAUUAACGAAAAGCUUCGUUCGUUUAUUUUAAAUAAUUAUUGUUAUGAAUCAGAACCGUCACGGAGAUACCUACGUCAUAUGCACUAUACAUUGUAACAAUAACUAUUUUUUCCUUGGCCGUUUAAAUAUUAUUUUUUUUAUCUAAUUAAUUGUGUCAACAUACUUCAUAUUUUUAACAUGUUAUAAAAUUACAACAAUAUUACAUAUACUUAUUGUAUUUAUAGUUAUAAUUUAUGUUACAUAUUGGAUAAUAAAAGUGUGAAAUUUGCAUAAAGCCGCCUAGUUAAUCAUCUAGGAAUAUAUUUUCUUGGGAUGGGCGUGGUUUUAGCCUAGGCUUGCAUGUUUUUAGUAAAUUUUGAAAUAAGACAUGUCCUUAUUCCUUUAUUACUGUGAAAGUUUUUUUAAUUGAUUAAUAAUUAAUUAUUCAAGUUUAUAUAUUGUAGGGUAAUCCCGUGUCGUUGUGUGAAAUAUAAUUAAAUAAUGUCAAAAUAUGUAGCUGUUUAUUUCGCAUGGACCAAGGGGAUUUUACUAUUUUAGCGAUAUUUACACUAACUUAUUUUGGAGCAUUUUUGAUUUUCGUUCGAGAAGCGGCAAUCCAUAACUACUGGACAUACGCAAGUAAGUAGCCAUCUUGUCAGAAGAGAACAUUUCAACUGCAUGGCUUAAUUGUAGUCUGUGAUUUAAUCAAGGAUUUUAUUGUAUUUUCAUCGCUGUUUAUCCAUUGUUUAGUUUUUUUUUUUUUAAUAUUAUAAUAAUUUGACCAUUAAUUGGGCGUUUUAUUGCACUUACCUACAUACAUGUAAUAUAAUAAUAAAAAUAAGUCAGGUAAAGC